AAAGAAAAUUGUUACUGUAAAGCCUGGUGUUUCUUGCACAUUAGUUCUCGCACUCUGGAAAAGCAGUGAGAUUUCAGAGAUUCUUUUCUUCAGGGCAUCUUGCUGCUUUCUUUUUGAGAUAGGAGAAAGAGAUAAGACUUGAUUGUGCAUCUCUCUCUCUCUCGACUGGGCUUUCAUUUUACUUUCAGAUAAAGAGAGAGAGAGAGAGAGAGCAGAGGUGAGGAUGUUGGAAGGAAAAGCUCUGAUAGAGGACACAGACAUGCCUGUGAAGAUGCAAAUCCAAGCAAUGGCUUCUGCUUCUCAGGCCUUGGAUCACUAUGAUGUCUUGGACUUGAAAUCCAUUGCUGCCCACAUAAAAAAGGAGUUUGACAUGAAAUAUGGAGGUGGAUGGCAAUGUGUGGUAGGUUCAAAUUUUGGUGGUUUCUUUACUCAUUCUAGAGGGACUUUCAUCUACUUCAAAUUGGAGACUCUCAAUUUCCUCAUCUUCAAAGGGGUUUCUUCUUCUUCUUCAGCUGCCUGACGAGAAAUUAUUUGAUCUUUUAAUUGAUUACUAUUUCUCAAGAGAUUGAGGCUAUAUUUAGUUGCCAAGAAACUCACAGAGAAAGGCAAUUGCAUGGUGGGGAAAAGUAAUUUGAUAGAGAAGGAGAAGGAGAGCCAGAAGCAGAGAAGAAAACAAGAAGAACAUACCACAUGGAGGGUCUUUUGGAUUUUGUAAAUGCAUUGCUGAAGGCAUUUUGCAGUGGCUCUUCUUGUAUAAAACAACUUGCUGCUUAGUUGCCAAGUUUCUCCAUUAUACUCUCAACGGUUUUUCUCAUUUUUCCCUUUUA